UUGCUUGCUUUAAUUAGGUGUUAAGGAAUGAUGGAUAUCGUGGUUAGUGCGCUUACAGACCAGAGACGAUGGUGUGUAAGCGCCCUUAGGGUUCAUACAUUACAGUAUCAAAAAAGCUGGACAUUUAAAAAAAACUUAACACGUUCACUGGCCCCGAUUCCUGCAGACACCUCCUGAUUUUAUUUUAAGUUAUAGCCAUCAUUUUCUUAUCCGCCGAAAGGAAAGGGACGGAUGAUUGUCAACAAGUUAAUUUUAAAAUGAAUGAAUAGCCCGUGCGAAUUAAAUAGGCAUCUCGCUGGUAUGGAUUCCGUUUGACGUGUUGUCUAUUUAAUUCUGUCGGGUUAUUGGCCGAUGUAAAAUUUUAAACGGUUGUUUUAGAUUUCUGCUAAAAUUGACGUGUACUUUGCAUGUACAUUCCAUAAAUUUUAUGCCUGUUGAUUACCCCUCCCUUUAUUUUUCAACGGAUAAGAAAAUGACAGGUAUAACAAAAUAAAAUUAGAUGGCGGAGUCUGCAGGAAUUAGCACCACUGUGUAACUAAAAAUUAGAUAUCAACCUCUCACGCACAAUGUUAUUUUUCGAUAAACACAUCGGACAUUAUGUACAUAGACUAUGGCAAGAAAAAAAUGUGGGACAACGGUAACGAGUACUAAUAUUAUGUAUACACUUUGAUGCUAUGUCACAUAAGUGAGUCUCAUUAAAUGUCAAAUGUGAUAGUGCGACAGGGUUCUAAAGUGGGUACAUGAUAUUGCUCAUAACCAUGACCAUGACCAUCAUAUCUGUUGAUUCUGUCACUAUCAUAACUGUACCCGUAAUUCUUUAAGCUGAUUGGUCCAAUAAAAACAUUUUAGCGGACGAAGUCGCGGGCAAAAGCUAGUUAUUAAUAAAGAGUUUUUGUAACAGUUUUCGUCCCGUACUUUGCAAGCGUCCCGCCCGUAGACAAAGUUUGUGUGUUCCUUCGGGUGUACUAUUACAAUUUUGUUCUCUUAAAAGCUUCUUUAUUAUCCCAGAGUGUGUUAAAAUUUAAAUAAAACGAAUACAUAAUUAUUUAAUAGGUAAGCUUGUUUCAUCCAUCGCAUGACGAACUAAUGUAAAUACCUAUUCAGUGAUUUUAUAAUCGCUAUUGUGAGCAUGGAUCGUAAGUAAACGGUAACUAUCUCUCACGAAUUGAUUGGACGCGCAUUGAAACAAUAAGUGAUUGUUCAAUAAAAAUAAUAAUAUCUAAAACAUUUGUCUUCUCUUCUAUCGUGUGGGCUGUGAGGUGGAUUACCAACCCCAUCAACCGUGGUGUCAGGGUUAUUACUAAGCCGCCAUAGGCCCCUGACAUGACUCAUGUAACGACUACGUACUUACAUCAGUAAGUAGUAACCGGGACCAACAGCUUAACGUGCCUUCCGAAGCACGGAUCUUUUUGGACAAUCAGGUGAUUAGCCUGUAAUGUCCUAACCAAACUAGGGAUCACAAAGUGAUUUUUGUGAUUUGUCCCCACCGGGAUUCGAACCUGGGACCUCCGGAUCGUGAACACAACGCUCAACCACUGCACCACGGAGGCCGUUGAACAUUUGUAAAAUAUUGUUAUUAAGUACCUAUUUAAUACUUAUUUAGUUAUUUUGUGAUGGAAGGGAAAAUCUUAAACAGAUUUAAAAAAUGGGAAUUUUCCCAAGAGGCAAAAAAUUUGACGCGAUAUAUUUGUUCGCGUCCGAUCUCUAAGCUGUGCUUUCCGACUUCACGGCAAAAAAUAAAAAAUAAAAGAAAUAUGGCGCCUGGCGCGAGUGGCACUCGCACUUGACCGGAUUUUUAAUACGCUCUCUGCUAGAUUACAUUUAUAAGUAAUCAAUAAUAUGGGGACAUUUCAGUAUACAGGGUGUUAGAGACAUCAUAACGAAUACUGAGGGGGAUGAUUAUAGAGCUAUGAUUAUAUAGCAGACCAUGAUUAUAACUUAAUAUCAACUGGAAAUUUCCGUCGCAAAAUUCAUGUUUUUUUUUUUUCAAAUUAUUUUCUAUUCUAUACUUUUGCGAUGGAAAAUCCCACUUGAUAUAAACUCAGAAUAAUGAACUGAAUCAUCCCCCUCAGUAUUUGUUACGAUGUCACUUACACCCCGUACAAGUACGUACAGGUAGCCAUACAAGUACGUAUGGGUGUUAGUGACACCGUAACGAACAGUGAGGGGGAUGAUUAUGACCAUGAUUCUGAGUUGAUUUCAAGUGGAAUUUCCUGUCGGAAAAUUCAUAAAAAAAUUGUGUUUUUUUCAUUAUUUUCAGUUAUUUUUUUUGCCACGGAAAAUUCCACUUGAUAUCAACUCAGAAUCGUGGUUUGAAUCAUCACUCAAAGUUUUACACCCUGUAUUACUAAUUUAGAAAACAAUGCCUGCUGAUAACUUGCAGUUAUAAAAGCCCUGUCUACUCACAUGUCUUAACAUUCUCUGUCUCUAAAUAAAACAUAAUAGGUAUACUCGUAAAAUGCAGAAAUAUACCUUAGCAGUGCUGGUACUGGCAAUUGUUUUGCAAUGUGAAGCUUAUCAGAUGAGCUACUGCGAACUUAUUGAAGAGCUGAGGAUGCAGCGGUUCCCGGAAGACAAAAUGAGGGACUGGGUGUGCCUGGUGCAGAGCGAGAGUAGCAGGAGGACACACGCUAUAAGCCGGCGGAAUUCAGACGGCUCACGGGAAUACGGGCUGUUCCAGAUCAGUGACAAGUACUGGUGUAGCAAGACUUCUACUCCCGGGAAAGACUGCAAUGUUACUUGUGCUGAUCUGCUGAUGAAUGACAUCACCGAAUCUGCGAAGUGUGCCAAGAAGGUGUACAAGAGACAGGGGUUCAGAGCCUGGUACGGCUGGCGUGCCCAUUGCCAGAAGUACCUGCCUCCCCUGCUACCUUGCUAGAAAUCAUAAUUAGAUGUUUAGAGAUGGGCAUCAUGGCUAUAGGUCUAUAUUUCGGAAUUAUAAAACUUUUAUUACAAUAGACAUUUAAAAGAAACGUAAUUGCGCGGCUGUGGGAAAGCGGCCGCGUUGGGACUACUUAUAUUUUUUCAUUACAGACAAAAUAAAAACAUAGAAAUGAUAA